UCGCCUCUCUCUCUCUCUCUCUGUCUCUCUCCCUCUCUCAUAUUCACUGACUGAUGGCAGAAGUGAAGAAAGAAGAAGUGAUUGAUCCACCGCCACCGGUCAAGAUGACAACAGUGGAGGAAGAAGUUCACUACCAUCACAGGCCCUGGUACCGCCGAUUUGGCCGCCGCCGGAGGCCAACAGGUGGUCGCCCUAUGGCCCCUAUGAGAGCCCUCUGUGGAAUUAUUCUGAUCCUCCUUCUCUUAGCCGGUAUCACUGUUCUUGUCCUCUGGUUAGUCUACCGCCCCGAGAACCCCCGCUUCGCGGUGGUCGGCGUCGCUGUCUUCGUCCUCAACACCUCCUCCCCUCCCGUCAUCGUCACCACCAUGCAGUUCAGCCUCCUGACCCGGAACCCAAACAAGCGCGUCUCCAUAUACUAUGAUCAUCUUUCGGCUUUCGUGACUUACCACAACCAGAUGAUCACUCAGCCGGCGAUGCUGCCGCCUUUGUUUCACGACAAGCACAGCACUGUGCAGCUGGCCCCCAUACUCGGCAGCGGGCGGGGCGUGCCGGUGUCGUCCGAGCUCUCGUAUGGGCUCGGGGCUGACCAGUCGUACGGCGUGGUGGCGUUGAGGCUUGUGUUGUUGGGGAAGCUGCGGUGGAAGGCCGCGGGCAUAACCACUCGGCGUUACGGAGUUGAUGUGACGUGCGAUAUGUUGCUGCGCUUGACCAAGGGAUAUGUGGGCCAAGUUCCUUUCGUUUCAUCUCCAGUUUGCGAUGUCGAUACAUGAUCAAAUGCUUAUAAUUUGUUUCUACUGUGAUCUCCCCACUCUGCUUUAUUUCCUUCGCUUUAAUUUCCCCAUUAGUUAAAGUUUGCUAAUUAUUAUGUUUUUGCAGUGAAAAGGUUUUGUCUGUAAGUCCUAUAUAAUAAAUCUGUAGUAACAUCUGAUGGUUGCUGGUACGAAGGAAAAACAAUUCCUUAUCUUGUUCAAUU